GGGUAAUAUAUGUGAUGUUCAAUCUUCACUGACCACGGGAGGGCAGGGCAAAAGAAAGCGGAAGAGGAAAACCGCCAACGAAGGAGAGAGUAGCGAAGCAAUUGAGAUACUGUGACCCGACCAUCUCUCCACCGCCGCCUGCCGCCUGCCGCCAGUUUUACAAGACCAGCCGCCGACCCUUCAUCUAGCUAGCACCUAAUUCUAAGCUCGGCGACCAAUCACCUCGGUUUCACCAUAUCCAGAGGUAUUGAAGUUCUAAGUCAGAACUUCCGUUGCCACCAAAGAUUGAAAGAACUCAAAUAGGCAUAUAAUACAAAAGUGGCAGUGGGAUGGGGAGGAGAAUACUUAAUGAUGCAUUGAGGACAAUCGUGAAUGCUGAGAAGAGAGGGUUUGCUUCCGCUCAACUUCAACCUGUAUCUACUGUCAUGGCUAAUUUCCUUCAGAUUAUGAAGUAUCGUGGAUAUAUUAAAGAUUUUGAGGUACAGAACCCCCAUAGAGUUGGUAAGAUAUCUGUCCAGUUAACGGGUAGGGUCACUGAUUGUCGUGCUCUCUCACAUAGACAAGAUAUCAAGGCUCAGAACAUUGAGAGCUACGCAAAACGUACCCUUCCAACCCGUCAGUGGGGCUAUGUUGUGAUAACAACACCAAAUGGAGUUUUGGAUCAUGAGGAAGCAAUUCGACAAAAUGUUGGUGGUCAAGUCCUCGGGUACUUUUACUGAUCGAAGUCAAGCAAAAUUGAAGAUCAGAGAAAAUCACUCUCGUUAUUGUACAUUUAUGGAAUUGAUUGAUUGCAAAUCACCCUUUCUGGAAUGACAAUGCAAAAACUGGAGUUGGAUGAAAAUCAUGUCUUCCUGUUCUUUCUUGUUGCGGAAGAGACAAGAAAUAAAUUGCUUGUUUCGUGGUUAAUGGC